AUGCAUCGAUAUUUUAAAAAAUCAAGGAAUGAUUCAACUUCUAGUUUGAGUAUUGCAACCCCGAAUUCGACUGUGAACCAGGAUGGAAUCAAUGUUGCAAGUUUUGAAGCUAAUUCUGAAAACAUAGUUAGUGACCCGAAUGCGAUUUUGAAUCAAGAAAGAAUCAAUAUUGAAGUUAAUCCGGAAAACAUAGUUAGUGACCCGGGGCUACGGAGUCCUAUUGCUAGUUAUGAUGUUCAAAUAAGGGAUCGCAUUCGAAGAGAAUAUGUCUCUAAGGGGCCUUGUCAACCGAAAGGUCAUGUCUUUAGGAAAACUUCGUAUGGUAAAGAGAAAAGGAGCUUCCAAGCUAAAUGGUUUGAAAAACAUAUAUGGUUGGAAUAUAGUGUUGAAAAAGAAGCGGCAUUUUGUUUUUGGUGUUAUCUUUUCAAGCCUAUUAAUGCCAAUCGUUUUGGAGAUGAUGUAUUCGUGAGUACGGGCUUUAAAAAUUGGAAAAAGGCGCUUGCUAUUUUUAGAGAACAUGAAGGUUCAGCAAAUAGCACACAUGAUCAGGCCAGAAUACUUUUUGAAGGGUUUAAAAAUCAAAGACAAAGUGUUGAUUACAAUUUGAGGAAAUAUGAUAAGGAAGACGAAGUCAACUACCGCAUUCGCUUGACUGCUUCUUUAGAUGUGAUUCGAUUAUUGUUAAGACAGGGAUUGCCAUUUCGUGGGAAUGAUGAAUCAUUUGCGUCUACAAACAAGGGAAACUUUCUAGAGAUACUUAAAUGGUAUUGUGAGCAUAAAGAAGAGGUAGCUGCAGUUACAUUGGAGAACGCUCCACGUAAUAAUCAGAUGACUAGUCCUUUGAUUCAAAAGGAAUUAUCAAAUUGUUGUGCUGUUGAGACUACGAAAGUUAUUUUAGAAGAUAUUGAAAAUCGCAAAUUCUCUCUAUUGGUUGAUGAAGCGCGAGAUUCAUCGAUAAAAGAGCAAAUGGCUUUGGUUAUUAGAUACGUGAACAAUAAUGGAGAGAUUAUAGAAAGAUUCUUAGCCUUGGUACAUGUCACUGAUACUACAACAAAGUCAUUGAAGGAAGGGAUUGACUCAGUGUUUGCUAAGCAUGCUUUAUCUUUAUCACGGUUAAGAGGUCAAGGCUAUGAUGGUGCAUCAAAUAUGCGGGGUGAGUACAAUGGUCUGAAAACCCUUAUACUGAAUGAAAAUAGAUCUGCGAAGUACAUCCAUUGUUUUGCUCAUCAGCUCCAACUAGUCGUGGUAAAUGUUACAAAACAACAUGGUGCUAUAAGUGACUUUUUCACCAUUGUCACUAUGAUUGUAAAUACAUGUGGAACAUCUUGUAAAAGGAGAGACAAACUACGACAAGCUGAGCAUGAGAAAAUUGUCAAAUCUCUAGAAAGGGAAGAGAUUAAAAGUGGAAGAGGUUUAAAUCAAGAGAUGAGUUUAAGGCGGCCGGGUGACACUCGAUGGGGAUCACACUUCACUACUUUGCUUCGUCUAAAAGGUAUGUGGUCAUCGGUAAUUGAAGUACUUGAAAAUGUAUAUGAAGAUGGUACUAAUCCAGAUAAUAAAGGUAUAUCAAAAACAUUGAGUAUGAGGCUUGGAAGCUAUGACUUUGUUUUUAUUUUACACUUGAUGAUUGAGUUGCUUGGGUCAACAAAUGAUUUGUCAAAAGUUUUGCAACUUCGGGAUCAAAAUAUAGUUCAAGCUAUAUCUUUGAUUGAUACAACUAAAAGGACUUUGCAAGACUUUCGGGAGAAUGGAUGGAACUAA